UAUAAUGUGUUUGACUUGUCGUGGGUAGCUUGAGUUUACACACGUGUGGAGAAGAGCUCUUUGGGGUUUCUUUCCAAAGCCGAACCUAAUGUUAUUGAUACACCUGUGUGUAAGCCGUCUGCCUUAACAACAACGGAUAGAACAGUUAACAGACCACCAUGUCGCUUCUGGCACAGCAGCUGCGGCAAUUGGAAGUUCCACAGAUAAAGGCAUUAUUGGGAAAAGACACAAGAAAACCUUCAUUUCUCUUUGAUGCAAAGGAAGCAGCAUCAAUUGACAGAGAAACAUUUUUUGCUAUUGGUAUUAAUGGACUGCAGGAGUUAGAAAGUCUUGAUGAGUCAUUUGAGGAGUUUGAAGCCAACCUUUUCCAUGAAUCAUCUAUGUCAUUUGAACGCAGCAUCCAGUCACAGGAGGUCAAUGAUCAGUUAGAUCAGACAAUCAACAAAAUGUUGCUGCGUUUGUCACCUCACCUGCAACUCAAACCUGCACAAAAGGCAUUAGAAUGGCUUAUACAAAGAUAUCGAAUACACUUGAACAACGUGGACAGUCUGAUCUCAUGCUUUUUGCCUUAUCAUGAGACUAAACUAUUUGCCAUAAUGCUUCAGCUUUUGGACUUGACUUCUCACAAACUGUCAAGAUGGCAAUGGUUGCAGCCUGUAAAGAAAUCUGGAGUGCAUUUAUCAAGAACAACUUUAAUCAAUCACUGCAAGACAAAUCCAGCAUUUUUGUCUUUGGUUACAGAUUUGGUUCCCAAGGCAAUCAAGGCAUUUCAAGAGAGUGAGACUGCGCAAACAGAGCAGUUAAAGAUUUUUUUCAGCUUCUACUCAGCUACUCUUGUGGGUGUUCUACACUCAGGUUCUAUCACUGAGCAGUUGGUGUCGGCCAUCUUGCCAUCACUGAUGCGUGGUUUGAAGUCAGAGUUGAUCGAUUACAAAGCCUCAUCAUAUGUAGUCUUGAGCCAGCUCAUGUACAGAACCACUUUGAAAGAAUCACUUUUACAGAAGCUAAUGAAUGUUUUAUGCAAGAAAAUCCACCCAGAUCUGACCAGAGAAGCGCUUUAUGUGGUGUUGCUGAUGUUCCAAACACAAGAGAUUAAAAUGAUCUCUAAGAGAGCCUUCAAAUAUAUCUGCCAGCUGCCAUCUUUUGCCAUGCACCUGACAUCGUUCUCUGUCAGAUUCAAAGUUAGCUGUUUGGUAUCAGCUGUUUUGCCUAUGCUGGUGCCUGCAGCAAUGAAGCAGACAGCACUAGACAUUAGCAGCAGCAGUGGCUGCAGCAGCAUGGAUGAGAGUGAAACACCAAACCCAGAAAUGAUGCAGAUAUUGUACGACAUCAUAGCUAAUGUUACCAUGGACAUCCAGUGUGUAACACUAGCUGCAAGACUGAUCUUAGAAAACAGUUUACAGUUUGUCUCAAGAGAUGAUAAAGAAGAGGCACUCGGCAGAAUGAGAAAACUGAUCAGGAUCUUUGAGAUAAGACAUUCAGAUAACUUCCACGUAGCAGUGGAUGCUGUCCUGGCAUCAGGUCUGGCUAAGGAAGAGAAGCGGGCAGUCAAAGAGUUCCUGCACUUGUCUGUGGCAUCUGUUCAGCACCAUUUAGCACCAGACAGCCAGGCCACUUUGGCCCUUAGACUACACCAUCGCAAGGCAACAGUCCGAAUGACAGCUGUCAAAUAUGUCUUGGACAACCUGAACACGCUGGAAGAUCAUGCAUCAGUUCAAGAGUCUCUCUUGAUUCGCCUUCAGGAUGAUAGUCAAGCAGUAGUGACACCCAUUUUGGAAUAUCCUGAGCUGUGGACACUAUUUUCUGGCAGAGAGGAAGACCUGAGAAGUGCUUUAUUAAAAAGGCUUGCAGUUGCUGAUGCUGGUUUAAGCAAAUCAAAGCUUGUGUUGCAGUUGAUAAAAGUUCUACUAGAAAAUCCAGAUGCAAAGACGUCCAAGACAGAGGCACUUGUUAUAUCAUAUUCAUUCUUAGUGUCAGAGCAAGUGGAUGAUGCGCAGCUUGUUCUCCAGAUUCUUGAUUCAGCAGCUACCCAUGGCAGUCAUAUUAUCAGCCAUCUUGUUCAAAAGUGGGUGCCCAUGUUGAAAAACUCUAUAGACAGCAAAGUUGUUCCGACACAAACAUCAACAGCACUGAAUAAAGCCCUGGUGGAGUGCUUGGCUGAAUUUAUGGUAUCAACUGAUAGUCCUUCAUCUUUGGUUGAAAGUCUCUAUGAGCAAACAGGUUUCAUUCCAUGUCAGGCAGCACUUGCUGGCCUUCUGUGUGAGGUGUGUUUGCAUGCAGUGCAAAAGACCAAAGAUGAGAAAAUAACAUGUGGUUUGCAGCUACAGCUGGCUUCAAUGAUAAAGGAUAUUAUCUUGGACAGGGAGCUGAUUCAUCGCAAGUUGCAUAAAUCUGAAAGCCAAGAAAUUUUAGAAGUUAUGUUACAUAAUUUAAGGCGGGGCUGCAAGCUACCAGCUGCAUGGUUAGUUGAUCUGUUUAGCAGAUGGAUGAAGGAGAUACAUAUGCCUCUUGAUCUUAUGGCUCAAGAAUUUUGGCAGAUAUCAUGUACAGGAAAGGUGUCAGAUGUAUGGUUACAGGCAAUGGUUAUCAUGACAGACCUACUUUUGGAGUUAUCAUCUCACAGUGGAAGGCUGGCUUCUGCUUUCAAAGAACUUCUCAGCCAUUUUCCUAAGGUGUUUCCCUCACAAGAGCAGUUCCUGCGCUACCUUUGCAUGUUGUGGACAGAUGUAGGCAGUCCUGAACCUUGUGCUAAGUUGUCUGCCCACCGUCAGGCACGGGCUAUUCAACUAGGCAUAAAUCAUGUGGAACUUCUUGCUGGUGCUGAUGCUGUGUCUUUACUGGACAAACCUGCUCCAGUUGUUCCAUGUCUUCUGGCUCUCUGUGCAUGUGGAGUAUCUCGGUUUGCACCAGUGCACUUCAGUGUGCCACUGUUCUUGUCAAAAAAUGUGGCAACCAUUCACCUUUAUACAAAGCUUUUCUGGAGAAAUUAUUGCGUAACCAGCAGGAAAUCACCAGUGAUGUGGCUUAUCUUUCUUUGGUUAAUUUUAGAAACAGCUGUAGCUUCAAGCCUGAAGGUGAAAGGAAAGCAGACAGAUGUGGCUGAUGCUUUGUUGAAGGUGGCCAGCAGCAGUGAAACACCAUCUACUGUUGUGAAUGGUGUCCUCCAAGCCCUGAGUGGGCUGGAUUCAAUGGAGACUUUUGAACCACUGUUGCCUGUACUGUCACAUCUGAUGGAGAAACAAGCGCCAAACAACACUGAUCUUAUUACAAUUCAGCAUCUGACAGCAAGAUUCACUCCGUCUUUGGCAUCUUGCCUUAAAUCAGACAGCCCUGCUAUGCAGCUGCUGACAGAAGCUGUCAAAAGAGAUGCUGUGCUGAUUGAUGGAGUCCGCUUGCAAGACCUAGUUAUUGAAAAGGUCAAUAGAGACUUCUUCUCAGCACUCCCAGAUGCUGCCUCUCAACACUGUGUGGCAAAAUGUCUUCUUGAUGCUCUGCUGAGCACAACAAGCUGUUCUACUGCUGCCCAAAUACGUAAAGUCUUCAAGCAUGUCUCUCUGUCAGUUGAGUUCAUCUCACAAGAGUUGAGUCCUGUUCUGAAAAAGACAGCUGCCAGUACUUUACGAGAAGUCAAACGUAUACGACUAGAGGAGAAAAACAGAGACACUUCAUUUGAUUCUGUGGAAUGGCAACGGGUUAUUCUUCUGUUGGAAAUCCUUCAAGUCAAAAAGAAAAUUCCAAAUGGUUCAAAGCUAGUGCCUAUCUGCUUCAACAUUCUGUCCAGAGUGCUGGAAUUGGAGACUCAAGAUGAUGCAGAGUAUUUGAAGCAGCUUAUCUUGGGAGUCGUCCACAAUUUGUGCCGUAAGCACACACCCGAGACAGGUCCAGUAGAAGGAAAUGAUUUGAACAUUGAGGCUGUUGUUCGAUGCAUCCGGUCUUCAGACAAUCCACACACUCAUCAGCAAGCACUCCUGGUCCUAGCAGUGGCUGCCAAGAUUGUGCCAGAGCAGCUGCUGCACUCUAUGAUGUCUGUGUUCACAUUUAUGGGAGCCAGCAUUCUGCGGCAGGAUGACAGUUACAGCUUUCGGGUUAUCAAUCGUGUCAUAGAGACUGUGUUUCCUGCACUUUUCAUGGCUUGUGGAGAUAAGCCAGACAGGCAGGCAACUGACAUGGUUACCAUGGCAUUAAGGGUAUUUGUGGAUGCAUAUGCACAUAUCCCAGUCCAUCGCAAGCCUAUGCUGUUUGAUACCCUGCUACGAGUGGUUGGAGCCAGUACAUACAUGUGGCGAUUCUUGCUGGUCUUCAUUGAAGGGGUAGCUGUAAGAAAACGCAGUAGUACUGGUGGAGAAAAUCCGGAAGUAGGUGGUGAAGAAAAGGCUCCAGGACCUAUUGCUCAAACAGAUCUAGACUUCUUGUUGAGUCUGAUUUCCACAGGGUUCCUUGCAAAGUCUAAAGCUGUGGAAAAAAACAAAGAGGAGAAAGAAAUCUUUAGUGUGGUGUUUCACACAGCAAAACAAUUGCGACACUUCAAGUAUGCUACCGUCUUCACUCUUUGUCAUAUUCUGUCAAGUAACAGUUUCAUUGCACAGGUUUCAGACAAAUUAGAUGAGGAGUUACUAAGAGCAGUACGACAACUCUUAGAAACUGUUUUAAAAUACUUGUCACAAACUUCCCAACUAUCCGACAAGUUUUCAUCAGCACCAACUGCAAAAUUUUGGCGAGUGCUUUUGCACAAGUGUCAUGAUUUGCUUGAUUGUCUUGUGACACUACUGCCUCAAGAUCACUUCCUGACAGUUUGCAGUGGAUUGAUAGACAGCGUUGUGCUCAGUGUCCAGCGUAAGGCCAUGGAGAUUCUGUCAUCAAGACUGCAACAUCUUAAAGAAUUGUCAAACAAGGAUCAGAUUGCUCAGCUACUUGGCAUUGUGGGUAAACUUCAAGCCAUUCUGAAUCAAGCAUCUGAAGCAGAUUUUCCAAACAGUGAAGAGUUUGCAGUAAAUAUUCAGACAGCGCUUUAUACCUUGAAACUUCUGUGUCGUCUGCUAGGAGCUGCAAACCCUCACACCUUUUCACAGGUUCUGCAGCAAGUGUGCACUCUUAUGACCAGUUCAACAGUGGCGGCCCCUGUCCAGGCAUCUGCAAUGCUGUGUGCUUCAGAAAUUGUCAGCUGCAUGAAGGCUCAUGCCAUCAUCCAUCUGUCUAAUCUUGUGCCAGUGAUUUUGAAGCAGGUGCAAGCUGCAGAUUCAGUUCAAAAUGAUGUUUUAAUGCUGAGCUGCAUUACAUCUCUGCACAAAGUUGUGGACACCUUGCCUCAUUUCCUCAGUCCAUAUCUUCUUGACCUUUUGAUCCAGGUCUGUCAUCUUUCAAGUGUGAUAGAUGUUUCAGCAGGUGGACAGAAAGCACAGAUUGCUCAGCGAUUGAAAUUGAUCAGCCAUUCUAUAGCAACUGCAAUUCCAGCAAGAGUUCUCCUCCCAGUGAUCACAAACUGCUACACCAAACUCCUGGAAGACAAACAGGAAAGCGUGAAAAGCCUGCUCAUCAUUCUGGACGAACAUAUACAAAAGAUGAGUCGAGAGGAUAUAAAUAUGGCAUAUCAACAGUUGCUGGCUUUCUUCCUGUCUGCUCUUGACUUUCGCAUUACCCAACGCAAGACACUAACAUCUGCAGUCGUUGAUGCUGUUGAAGGAACAGUCGUCACCACCUUAGUCAGCAUGGUGUUGAAGAUGUCUGAAGUUACAUUUAGACCAAUGCUUCUAAAGAUCUUUGAGUGGGCAACUUUACAAGAAGCAAGAAAAGAAAGGAUACUUGUGUUUUAUCGUCUCGCAGACAGUUUAGUGGACAAACUUCACAGCCUUUUCCUGUUGUUUGCUGCCCACAUCAUUAAGCAUGCUGCUCAGUUGCUUGACCUUACUAACUCCAGCAAAACAGAUGAACCAUACUUCAAGAAGGACAAACAUCGUCUCAAAGCUUGUCAGCUGCUCAACCAUGUCCUAGGAUGCCUGCAGAAAUGCUUCCUGUAUGAUUCUGAAAACUUCAUAAAUAAAGAGCGUUUUGACCUGUUGAUGCAGCCUUUACUGGAUCAGAUAGAGAAUAAAGCUGGGGGAGAUGAGGCCUUCCAUAGCCGUGUAAAAGAGCUGAUUGUUCCUGCAGUGGCCAACUUUGCAGCAGCUGUGUGUGAUGACUCCUUGUGGAAGACCCUUAAUUACCAGCUGAUGCUAAAAACACGUAGCUCAGACAAAGAGGUGCGGCUGGCAGCACUCACAGUACUUGAAGAAUUUCAGAGAAAGCUGGGUGAGGAUUAUCUUCCUUUGCUUCCAGAGACGAUCCCGUUCUUGGCAGAACUGAAGGAAGAUGAUGAAGAUGACGUUGAAAAAAUGUGUCACAAAGUUAUAGAAGAGAUAGAAAAGACAUUAGGAGAGCCCAUUCAAAAGUAUUUCUAACAAAGGAUGGCUGGUGUGUUUAGUGACUGAUGUGGCUUCCUGUGCCUCAAGUGAAUACUGACACUGCUGUAAACUGUUUUUAUUGUUGUGAAUAGGUGGGAAAGGCAGCAACAUGUCACCUUGGUCAGUAUGAGUGUUGAUGCAAAGGAUUUUAAUUUACAUUAAAAUACACAAAAGGAA